AAAUAUCGUAACUGUCUCGGGGACAAUACCCCAUGCUGAGGAUUAAUGGUCCCUCCAGACCUUUGAUUCACCAGCGCCUUUUCUUUGCCCUUGACAAAUUGGAUUUUUAGGAAUGGGAAGGUCGCCUGGCCCAUUGUCUGCCAGCCAUUCACUCCGCCUGAUUAUGCAGGAGGGUUAGGGAAAGGCUCCAUGUGACCCUCUCGGAUGGGACUCCGCAGCUGCUCGAGGAGCCAAACUCUCUCACCAAACUCCGCGCCCCGGAGCAUCCCCCUGCCAAGGGGUACCCCUCCUGCUCCCGUUGAAAAGCCGGCGCCCACAACACCGCCGCGUCACUCCGCGGGCGGGGAUACGCCGCGGCUCGUCCUCCCCGCCUGCCCCUGUCACUCCGGCCCCCUUAAGUAGUUGGGGUUCCCGAGCGCUGGCACCCGGAGGCAGCGAUGCAAAGCAGCAGGGCCCCGGCCGGCAGCGUCAGCGCCGAGAGCUGCAUCCCUGCGGGGCUGCGGCUGGGCCCUGUGCCGGGCUCCUUCAAACUGGGCAAGUACCUGUCAGACCGCAGGGAGCCAGGACCCAAAAAAAAGGUGCGGAUGGUGAGAGGGGAAUUAGUGGAUGAAGCCGGGAGCUCAGCUCUGGAGUGGAUAGGGUUAAUCCGAGCUGCCCGAAACUCCCAAGAGCAGACACUGGAGGCUGUUGCGGAUCUGCCAGGAGGACAGAUUUUCUACCGGGCGCUACGAGAUGUCCAGCCGGGAGAGGAGCUCACCGUUUGGUACUCCAACCCACUGGCUCAGUGGUUUGACAUCCCUGUCACGGCCACCCCAACGCACGACGAGAAAGGUGAAGAGCGGUACAUCUGCUGGUACUGCUGGAGGACCUUCAAGUACCCAAAUAGCCUCAAGGCACACGUCCACUUCCACUGCUCGCUGAGCCACGGCCGCCCCUUCCUCCACCACGACCACGGCCGGCCCGCUGCCUUCGGCCUCCAGCCCAAGGAGCCGCCUGCCGCCGCGCUGCGCGCCCACCCGCCGCCGGGCUGCGGCCCGCGGGAGCCCGUCAAGCGCGAGGCCGCCGUCGCUUCCCCGCCGCUCGCCAAGCCUGGGCUGCCCAAGCGUGCGGCGGGCAAGGAGGAGCAGGAGCGGGCUCUGGACAUGAGCGUAGGGGCCGCCCGCGGGCCGGGGCCGCUGCUGGGGCCGGCGGGCGGCAACGGGCUGGCGCUGUGCCCCGGGGCGCGCUCGGCCUUCCGCCCCGCCGGGCCGCUGCGGGAGGAGGCGCGGGGCGCCGCCGCCCUCGGCUUCUCCAAGCUGCUGGGAGGGCUGAAGGCGGGACGCUCAGCCUCCGAGGCGCCGCCCAAGUGCGGGGCGCUGCCGGGCGAGGCCGCCCCUCCGGCGGCAGCUGCCGGUCUGGCGUGCGGCGGCGGGCUCCGCGCCUUCCCGCUGCUCUCACCGCUGGAGGAGGCCUCGGCCUUCCGGCAGGUGGAGCGGGGACUGCCAGGAGCCGCCCUGCCGCCCGCCCGCUACCCACCGCUGCCCGGGGGCGCGCUGGAGCGCUUCGCGCUGCCGCCCUUCGAGGGACUGAAGGCGUACGCGGGCGAGUGCGGGCUGCCCGUGAUGCCGCUCACCGUCUACAACGGGGAGCUGCUCUACGGCGCCGCGCCCUACUACCCGCUGAAGCUGCACCUGGGCGGCCUCCUCAAGUACCCCGAGUCGGUGUCGUACUUCGGGGGGCCGGCGGCAGGGCUGCACGCCGCCGAGCUGGGUUCGCUGGCCAGCAUCGACCGGGAGAUCGCCAUGCACACGCAGCAGCUCUCCGAGUUGGCGGCUGAGAAGGGCCGUGGGCGGCUGGAGGCCCUGCCAGCGGCAGCUGCGGCCGGCGGGAAGCCCAAGACCGGGCACCUGUGCCUCUACUGCGGGAAGCUGUACUCCCGCAAGUACGGGCUGAAGAUCCACAUGCGGACUCACACUGGCUACAAGCCGCUCAAGUGCAAGGUCUGCCUGCGGCCCUUUGGGGACCCCAGCAACCUCAACAAGCAUAUCCGUCUGCACGCCGAAGGCAACACGCCUUACCGCUGCGAGUACUGCGGCAAGGUGCUGGUGCGGCGCCGCGAUCUGGAGCGGCACGUCAAGUCCCGGCACCCGGGACAGAGCCUUGGCAAGGCGGCCGAGGACAAGAGUGACUCUGGCUACGCGGCCCCCGAACAGGAACAAAAGACUGACAACGAGAGCGACGUGGACGUCUGCUUCACCGACGACCAGAGCGACCCGGAGAGCGGCAGCAGGAGCCACGAGCAGUGACGCGGGAGGCGACCGGGGCAGAGUGGGCCGGUCCGGAGAGGGAGCUCUCCCCUCCCGCUGACUCGGAGCUGGGGCGGUUCCAAGGGAGGCCGUGUCGCGGGGAAGCGCGGGCUGGCUGGCACCCGCUGGCGGCUGGGCGGCCGGGAGUUGGGCCGGGAAAGUAAGGGGGGCGAAACCCUGGCGGGCCUGGGAUCCCACCGAACAGACAGCGCACCCCCAUAGGCGCCCGUAUUUUAGCGGCCAUAUAUUUUUAUUGUACCUUUGUGUGGAGGAAAUUGUGCCUUUUGGAAGCGAUUUUUUAUUAUGUGCUCUCCCACCACUUGUUCCUGCGAUCCAAGCCGUAGGACGCAGCAUAAGACCCAGGUCACGGGCACCUCUGGCGUCUGUACACCUUAUCUGACACCUCAGAUGUGCUUUCUCGGGUCCUAUUAAAGCAAUACCAGCAGCUUUCUUGAAAUAAAUAAAUAAAUAAUAAUUAAAAAAAAGCAACAAAAAGCCACACUUGCAGCACUGAAGAGGUUCGCAUAUAACAGGUGCACCAUUUGAUCAAGUUGCAAUUAUUUAUAACAGAUAAUAUUUGAGUAACAAAUGUAAAUUACAUAUUGAAAAGCAUGAAUCUAAAAGCACGCACUAUAUCAUUUUAAGGGAAAUACACUCUCUGUUCGGUAGAAUACAAAUGUGGUGUAUGUUUGUUUUCUAAUGAAUGAUGUACAGUGGAUACAGUAUUUUGGUCUUGGUUCCGGUUUGUCAUGCUAUUUUGUUUUAUUUUAUUUUAUUUUUCUCUAAAUAAAGUUACUGACAAACUGCUGUUUGGUUGGUCACUGAAGCGCUGCAGGCAGGAUCUUGUAUUUCUCCAUAACGCUUCUGAUGAUGAGGAGCUCGACGCACAUCCCGCUGGCUUCAGCUUCGAGUCAUGCUUUAAAGUAUUCGCCCCAUUGAAUAUUGCGUCUGAGUAGUUUCCUUCUGUCACUCAGCAAAACGAACCGGCAAAACCCAAACAAACCCCAAUCUGUUCUUCCCCAUGCCUACGAUUUUUGGAAAA